CCUCCCACAGUCACUGCUGCUUCUGCUUCAGCCUUGCGGGGUGCACCAUGCUGCCCCCUCAUCUCCUCCUCUUCCUCUUUCUCCACCUCCUCCUCCCUGGGAUGUGGGCAGACCCAGAGGCAGAGCCACAGGUUUUCCAGCUGCUCCAUACCGGCCUCUUCGCCAAUGUCAGCUCUGCUGAGGUGUCCGGGGUGGCUCUUCUGGAGGAUGUGCCCCUAUGUGCGCUGGAUCCUGCCAAUUGGAGCCUCCACUUCCACUGGCCCUGGGCCCGCCAGGCAGCAGCCGAGGGUGAUAUGGAGAAGCUAUUGCCCCAUUACAAACACUUUCUGCGCAGUAUGGUACGAUACGUGCAAGAGAUAGCCCAGCAGGCGAAACUGGACUACCCAUUGGUGAUCCAGAUCCGCGCAGGCUGUGUGCUGCACCCCAACAGGACAAGCUGGGGCUUCAUCGAUGCUGGGGAGGGUGGCAAAGACCUCGUAACUUUCAAGGUGGAGAGGCAGCGCUGGGAGCCGCAACAGCCAUCCCAACUAGCAGUGCUGGUCAACAGGUCCCUCAACAGCCGCAAGUCCGUCACGGGGCUCCUGGAGCACCUCCUGUCCAUCUCCUGCCCAAGCCAAAUCCUCAUACUGCACAGGUACGGGAGAGCAGCUCUGGAGAGACAAGAGCUGCCCGUGGCCACCGUCUUCGCCCGCACACCCAGCCCAGCCCAGCUCCUGCUGGUUUGCCGCGUCACCGGCUUCUACCCGCGGUCCAUCAGCGUGGCCUGGCUGCGGGAUGGCCAGGAGGUGCCGCCAGGCCCAGACACCAACACCAGCGCCAUCCUGCCCAACGCCGACCUCACCUACCAGCUGCGCAGUGUCCUGGCCGUGGCCCCCCAUGACGGGCACAGCUACGCCUGCCGCGUGCGCCACCGCAGCCUGGGCACCCGCAGCCUCCUCAUCCCGUGGGAAAACCGCAGCACAGCUCCAACCAUCAGCAUCGCCAUUGCAGUGCUUCUCCUAGUGGCUGCAUUCUCUGCUGGGGGGUUUUGGUGGUGGAAGCGCAGAUUGGCUCAGACUUGGCCAGCAGUGAGUCUGUCUUGGAACUGGCCCUGUUGGACAUGGGGACAGCUUCUGGCACCUUCUCACAGAAGCCACCCCUGCAGCCCUCCUGCUACCAAAACCUUGCCACGUAAGCCCAAUACUGUCUACAGAGUAAACCCCCGGGGGUUACCAUGGGAGGAGGCAAAGGCCACCACAGGCUGGGCUCAGCCUACAUCUCCUUGGCGUCAGGGUGCUGCUGCAGCUAGAAGGGAUGACUUUGCACCCACCAAAUUCCCCUGGCACUGGCCAGAACGCCCCAGCCCCCACCAGCCACACAAGCAUCCCUGGGGAACACACCCAGCAGGCCCUCCCCAAAACCUCAGCACCAGCCUCAUUGGCUACCAGGGGCACCUCAUGACAUUGGCAGGAGCAGAGCUGCGUGGGCAGAGCAGCCCUGGGGCGAAGUGCUCGGUCACAGCUCAACUGGCCCCUUCCUCCUGCUACACUUGCACCUCCACGCUUGCCGCCAGCAUCAUGCAGGCCCCUCACCGUCUCCUUCUCCUCUUCCUUCUCCUCAACCUCCCUGGGAUGUGGGCAGAUCCAGAGGGCUCUUGUAAACUCCACAUUUUCCAAACCUACAUCUUCCACAACACCAGCUUUGUGGACACUUCGAGCUGGGCCACGCUGGAGGACAUUGUCUUUGCUACCCUGCAGAAAUACACCAGGGACCUCUGCUACCUCCGCCCAUGGGUCUACCCAGCCCUGCCUGAAGCAGAGUGGGAAAACUUGCAAAACCUAUUCAAGAUCUACUUGCACAACCUCAUCUUAUCCCUGUCCAGUGAUGCCAGUCCGUACCAGAUACCCCACCCCUAUGUGUUCCAGUGCACGGCUGGCUGUGACUUGUAUCCCAAUGGCUCCUAUACAAAAUUCUACCGACUUGCCUACAACGCUGACGACUUCCUCAGCUUCGAUGUGGACAACAGCGUCUGGAAGAGGGACCAGAAGAGUGAGUUGGCAGCUCAAGUUGAGAUGCAAUUCAACACCUUCAUUGGUUUCUCUGAGACUUUGCAGCUACUUCUCAAUGUCACUUGUGUUGAUCACAUGAAGAAAUUCAUUGAGUAUGGGAGGGCUGAUCUGGAGAGACAAGAGCUGCCCGUGGCCACCGUCUUCGCCCACACACCCAGCCCAGCCCAGCUCCUGCUGGUUUGCCGCGUCACCGGCUUCUACCCACGGUCCAUCAGCGUGGACUGGCUGCGGGAUGGCCAGGAGGUGCCGCCAGGCCCAGACACCAACACCAGCGCCAUCCUGCCCAACGCCGACCUCACCUACCAGCUGCGCAGUGUCCUGGCCGUGGCCCCCCAUGACGGGCACAGCUACGCCUGCCGCGUGCGCCACCGCAGCCUGGGCACCCGCAGCCUCCUCAUCCCAUGGGACAGCUCCAAGACAGCUCUCAGUGUUGGCAUCACCAUUGUGGUGCUGCUGGCCACAGCUGCAGCCCUCGCUGGGGCCAUCUGGUACUACAGGCGCAGGAGGUGAGAGCACAAGACACACCACACCAGGGAUGCCUUGGGGCCACACCGGCCUCCCCACCUCUCCCUGAUAAAAACCCGCUGAUUAACACUCCAAUGUAUGUGGGAAGAAAGGGACAGAAAGAGAAGGUCCAUGCAAUUCCUCACCCUUGGAGGAGACACCAACAGCAUCUGGUUCCUAGUGCUCACAUAUGUGCUCAGCAAGUUUGACUUGGUCAUUGCCUUCUUCAAGCAAACCUUUGGAGAGAUGAUGUGUGCCUUCGCAAUCAAUAUGUGAUAGUUCAAGCUUAAGCUUCUUGAACAUGCCCAGCACGCAGUCCUCCAGCGAUUCCUAAAGGAUGUUCCAGGAAUUCACUUCUCCUGCUGUCUGUGCUGGUUUGCCUGAAAACGAGUUAAUUUUCCUUCAUGCAGUUAGAAACCUUUCUUUUUUCACAGCUAGCGCAGUUGAUGCUUGAAUUUAGUUUGAGAACAAGAAGGUAACACCCUGGGACACAGUUAAUGUUUUUAAUUGCCAUGGUCUGAGGGCAAAGGACGUUCUGAGAGCUCUGCCCACAGGUGUGAGGCGGCUUGUAAGGGGGGCAUAGAUGGGGCAGACAUUGACUGACAUCUAGACUAAGCAAUAAGAAUAUUCCAUGCCAUUAACAUCAUGCCUUAUAUUUAAGGACAAUUGGGAUCUUCAGGUUCAUUUCUUUUGUUUGGUUGGUUUUUUUGGAUCUGGGAUGGGGACCUGUUCAGCAGAAUUUUGUUUGGGACUUCCUUUAGUUUGGCGUUCUGCCAUCCUGCCCUUUUGCACAAGCCUCUGGGCCUUUCUGCCUCUAUCUCUCUUUUCUCUCUGGGAUCGGCUGUUCAGGACAAGGGUGCUCCUUCCUGGCACUGGCUGCUCAGUGCAGAUGGAGUUUGUGAGGAAUUGCGUUGAGUAUCUUUUAUUUUAUAUUCUAUUUCCAUGUAUAUAUAUAUCUAUAGUAGUAGUAGUAGUAUAUUAGUGCUAUGUUAUUUUUAUCAGCCAGAAGAGUGGUGCGGACCAUGUGCCUGUUGGUGGUGCUCCGGUGGAGCAAGGCCCUGGGAUGCAGGCGCAGGGCUGUGUGCUCAACCCAUGCACUGGUGGAGCUCCAUGGCGCAGUCGCUCCCUCCCCAGGAGACUGAAACUCUCACACAAAGCAGCAUUCCUAUCUCUGGAGCAGUGCUGGGGACACUGGCUCACAGCAGCAUGCCCACACACUGUGCACCAGAGGGCUUUGGGGAUGCAUGUCCUCAGCAGUGUUCGUUUUCAGCAUGGAAAUCCCACCAGAAGGAUUUGGAGUCCUUGUACACAGAAGCUCUCCCAUCCCUGCCAGACAAGGCGGCUCGGAGGCUUUGCAAAGCGUCUUUGUUAACAACCCUGCAAUGGCAGGUCUCAGGAAGCCUCACGCACAGCAGUGAUCCCACCAGCAUGAGACCAGUGAUGACCGAAAACCUUGGGACUGGCUUGUGCAGGUGAUUGCAAUGUCACUUGUGGCUGACUAGCUCAUAGGGCAAGGGCAGAACCUGGCUUGUGAAGGUGCUUGUGAUGCCGCUGGUAGGUGAAGUAGCUAACAGGGUAGGAGCAGACCCCUGGUUCGUGUCGUGCUCAUGGCGUCACUGACAACCGUGUAGCUGUUACAGCAGGAGCAAGCUCCUGGCUUUUGUUCUUCUACAAGCAGCAACUCUGCCUUAAAGAUACUUGUGUGCAUGUCUCAGCACAUAUCAUGAGAGAAAGGCCUAACAAAUGCAAAAAAUACACUGCCUUUUUGAAGCUGGUUCAGUGCAAGAUUGCUUUGGGCAAUGUGCCUAUUGAUCCAAGCUUGUCACUUCAAACCCGUCUUAGGUCAAAGCUUAUCCUACAAGUAUGUACUAUAAGCAACCAAAUUCUGUGUUUUAUUGUCCAAUAUCCUAAGUAGGUAAUUAUGUAUUAAAGUAACAUCAUUUCAA